AUUCAACUGGUUUUGAAAGCUUCCCCAAUACGAUUGCCCUCGUUAGUCGAAAGCGGAGUGAGGUCCCUUACCGAACCUCUUCAGUGUCAACAUGUGGAAAAUGGAAGAACGUCAACAAGUCGAAGAGACGGUUCAGGAUAAGAGGAAACUCUCAGGGUUUGACUUUUGGAGACGGACCCUUAGCUCUGCCAAGUACGUGGUGGCCCCAAUGGUGGAUGCUAGCGAGCUUGCUUGGCGGAUGCUGAGUCGUAAAUACGGAGCGCAACUGUGUUACACCCCCAUGUUUCAUGCAUCUGUAUUUGUGAGGGACCCUAACUACAGGAAAGAAGCCAUGCAGACCUGUCCAGAAGACAGACCACUGAUAGUGCAGUUCUGUGCUAAUGACCCGGAUACUUUUCUGAGGGCCGGCCGGUAUGUGGAGGACGUAUGUGACGCUGUGGACCUCAACCUGGGCUGUCCCCAGACCAUUGCCAAACGAGGUCACUACGGGGCAUUUCUAGAGGAUGAGUGGGAUCUCCUGAAAAAAAUGGUUGAGCUUUGCCAUCAGAAGUUGAAGGUUCCCGUCACCUGUAAGAUCCGAAUGUUCGAGUCCAAAGAGAAGACGGUACUAUAUGCUCAAAUGUUGGAGAAGGCAGGCUGUCAGCUGCUGACAGUGCACGGGCGGACAAAGGAACAGAAGGGACGGUUUACGGGCCUGGCGGACUGGGACGUCAUUAAACUCGUCAGAGAGAGUGUUUCCAUACCUGUAUUUGCUAAUGGUAACAUACAAUAUCUACCUGAUGUGGACCGAUGCAUUCAUCAAACAGGGGUACAAGGAGUCAUGUCUGCAGAGGGAAACCUACAUAACCCUGCCCUGUUUUCUGGUGACUGUCCUCCAGUGUGGAAAAUGGCAGAGGACUACCUCGAGCUUGCGGAGAAAUACCCCUGUCCGCUGUCUUAUUCCAGGGGACAUGUCUUCAAAAUAUUUCACCACAGCCUAAAUGUACAUCCAGACAUCCGAGAUAUAAUUGCUUCUGGAAAGUCACUCGAGUGUUUCAGACUGGCCACGCUCAAACUUAAGGAGAGAUGUCUGGCAGAUGCAGAGAAGCACAAAACUAACCCGGAGCUGUUCUCCACAGAGUUACCUUUCCCUUACUGGAUUUGUCAGCCCUAUGUCAGACCUGAUCCAAAUGAUAAAGAAAAAAACAAAGACAAAAGAACUGUGAAGCGCCCCCUGGAGGAAAAGCUUCAGUCUCCAGAGUUUGCAGGGAUGUCCAAAAACAAGGUCAAAAAAUUACUGAGGAAUCCUUUAAAGAAGCUAGCCAGGAGUUCAGAGGAGAAUUAUGAGAAGUGUGUAGCCUGUGCAAACAUCAGGGGUAGAAAAUGUUCUUACAUGAUGUGCAAGAAUUGUUGUAAGGUAAAAACCUUCAGAGAAACCCUGGAUUGCAAAGGUCACCGGAUUGUGCUUCACACAAAGAACUCAAGCAAAGCUGCUUUUGAUCAGAAGAAAAAGGAAAUGGAGGAAAAGACAGCAGUACAUGAAAUCAGGAUGAUCGAUAAAUGUGUCAGGGUAAAGGCAAGUACUCAGGGGAACAAAGAGGAGAGAGAAGAAGACCGACUAGCUGAUAUGGACUUGGAGACUGAAAACUCCAUGGAGCUAGACUCUGGUGAUGUGCAAAGUGAAACAAGGGACUUCACUAAUUUAUCUAAUGACAAUUUGACAGUUACAGCAGAUCCCAGUUUUAAGGAUGGCUGAGCUAAUGUUUGCUGUCUUGUAUUUUAGUUAAUAUUUUAUGAAUUUGUUUUUGUUUUGUUAAUUUUUCAAUUUAGAUUUACAAUAAAAUUGUACUGAAUGAAA